UAUUAAUUGGGAUCACACGGGAGGAGAGGGACUGGGAUCCCAGAGAGGAAAUGGGGUGGGAUCCAGGGACGAGAGGGGCUGGGAUCCCAGAGAGGAGAGGAGAUGGAUCCUAGAGAGGAAAGGGGGUGGCAUCCAGGGGGAAAAGGAGAUGGAUGCCAGAGAGGAAGAGGAGCUGGGAUUCAGGAGGAAAUACAGGGAAAAGAGGGUCUGAAUCCCAAGGAGAAAAGGAGCUGGGAUCCAGGGAGGAGAGGAGAUGGAUCCCAGAGUGGAAGAGGAGCUGGGAUCCAGGGAGGAGAGGAGAUGGAUCCCAGAGAGGAAGAGGAGCUGGGAUCCAGGAGAUACAGGGAGAAGAGGGUCUGAAUCCCAAGGAGAAAAGGAGCUGGGCUGCAGGGAGCAGAGUCCUGGCUGCUGGGGUGGGACAGGGGCAGCAGAGGACACGGGCAGACCCAGAGCAGGUCCCCAGGCUCACGGCACAUCUCUGUCACAGGCGCCACUCGUACCGGACUGGGCAGGACAUCGCCAACUGCGGGACCUGCCGGGACUGUGCCUGCAUCAUCUACAGCGUGGAGCACGAUUUCCGCCAGCAGGAAGGUCGCUUCCAGCGGGUGCUGAGCCACAUCGAGGGCGACGCGGGGCCGAGCUCCCCCCCGACGGCGCUGGGGGCGGCGGGGGUGGCGCUGGGGGCGGCGGGGACCCCCUCCCCGCCCAGGCAGGAGCCGUCGCCCGUGUCGAGGCUGCCGGCAAAGCUGGACGUGAAGAAAUCGCGGCGCAAAUGCUUCUGGUUCCUGUGAGCCCGGAGCGCGGGGGCGCCGGCCCAGCACUGAGCCCCUGCCCACCUCUCCUCCCUCCCUCCCUCCCUCGGUAGGGUUUGGGUAGCACCAGCUUUUCUAUUUUUAACCAUUCCGUUGAACGCGGGGAGCUCGGGGGUGUGGGAACGGCGAGGGGAGCAGCGGCUGUAUUU